AGGGGGGGGGGCUGUCGUUGCCCUUUAAAGGCACCUCCCUCGCCGGCGCCGGCGUGUGCCGGGGGCGGGGUUUGAUGGAUUGAACUGCGGCUGCUGUUCCAAGCCGGCGCCGGCGCUUCAGAGCCGAGGGGGCAGGCGGAGCGGAGCGGAGCGGAGCGGAGCGGCGCGGCGCUCCCGGGGCUCAGCGCGCCUCCUCUGGGGCCGGGACCCCGGCAUGAGCGGGGCGGGCGCCGCUCGGAGGACUUGAUCUGGGGCUGCGGGCUGCGGGCUGCGUGUCUCCCAGCCGCCCCCACGGAGCAGGGGAAGGAGGGGACCCGACAGGCGGUUGCCGAGCGGUCUGAUGGCCCCGCCGGCUCCCAGCGCGGAGCCCGGGCCGAUCGCGCCCUUGCCGCGCUGAUUGCAGCUCCGGCCCCUUGGCUUCCCCCGGGGGGGCGGCUGCUGAGAUCGCGCCCUGGGGGGUUGCUGCGGCGCUAGAGCCCCGACGCGACGGGUAGGGGCGCGCUAUAAAAAAAAAAAAAGCCUCCCCCUCCCCGUUUUCGAAACCCCUCCUGUGGCCUCGCCUGAGUCUAGCUGCGCCGACGGCGGAGGGGGGGGGCCAUGGGGAACAUCUCCUCCAACAUCUCCGCUUUCCAGUCCCUGCACAUCGUCAUGCUGGGCUUGGACUCGGCCGGCAAGACCACCGUCCUCUACCGCCUCAAGUUCAACGAGUUCGUCAACACGGUGCCCACCAUCGGCUUCAACACCGAGAAGAUCCGGCUGAGCAACGGCACGGCCAAGGGCAUCAGCUGCCACUUCUGGGACGUGGGCGGCCAGGAGAAGCUGCGGCCGCUCUGGAAGUCCUACAGCCGCUGCACCGACGGCAUCAUCUACGUGGUGGACUCGGUGGACGUGGACCGGCUGGAGGAGGCCAAGACCGAGCUGCACAAGGUGACAAAGUUCGCCGAGAACCAGGGCACCCCCUUGCUAGUCAUCGCCAACAAGCAGGACCUGCCCAAGUCCCUGCCUGUGGCCGAGCUGGAGAAGCAGCUGGCGCUGCAUGAGCUCGCCCCCUCCACCACCUACCACGUCCAGCCCGCCUGCGCCAUCAUCGGCGAGGGCCUCACCGAGGGCAUGGACAAGCUCUAUGAGAUGAUCCUCAAGCGCAGGAAGUCCCUCAAGCAGAGGAAGAAACGAUAACCGCCAGGACCCAACCCCGCUAGCAUGAAACAUUGCCGGGCACCCCGGCCUCCCUAGGCGCCCCCAAUGGGCGCCUGCGUCUAGACGGGCGCUCGGCUCCCCGUUGCCUUUCAUCGGGUCGCCACUGCCGUUAACUUGCUGGCAAGACUAGGAGGUGGGCGAGGCUGGCGUCAGGGGGAAGAGGCUGCUGUAACCCCUUCCAGGACGAUCAGAUCAGCUGGCAUCUGAGCUUGGGAGGGAAUUGCCUUUCCCUUUGAAAUUGGAGUAUUUGCGGUGGAGCUUGAUGCAACAGGGCUGGCCUCUGUGAAACUGAGCUUGAAUUUGCUCCUGUCUGUGGAUCUUAAAGUGUGUGUGUUUGGGGGGGGGGGGGGGGAUACUGCUUCAGGAAGCAUUGGAUGCUGAGGUAUCUGUUUGUGGUUGGAAAACUGCGGUAGGAAAUCACAGGCCAAUACAUCUGGCUGAAUGGCGGAUAGGUAAGGUGAGCCUCUUGGGAGAACUGCUUUUCAGGUUGCACCAGACCCCCCCUUCUCCCCCCCCACCCCCUUUUGGAUUCAGUUCAUGUGUGGGUCAUUAUCACACACAAAAUCCGACCAACAAAACUACCAAGCCCGGGAAUGAAUGAAUGAUACACUACUGCUUGCAGUAGCUGUGUGUGCUGAAUGGGAAUGCGCAGUUGUUUCAACUGAGGGUGCCCAUCCUAUUUUAAAAACAGUCUAUCCAAGGACAGAAAUGUAUUGAUCCACAGGAGAUUUAAAGCUAUAUAGCCAGCUGGAUGGCUUGUAACCAUCUGUUGAUUGGUGCUGAGUUUUAAAUUGUUUGCUAAAAGGGGUUCUGUGUGAAUUUUUGCCAUGAAGGGUUCUCAAGCAUCUUUUUCAUUUUCAAAGUUUUUUUUUUUUAAACAGACUCUAUCCUGUAGCAAUGGUAAGCAGUAGGUUUUGCUACUUUAUUGCUGUAGUCUACAGGUGGAGACAUGUUUGGAUUAUCUAAUUUGGUUCAAUCUGGUUGGUUGAUUCAAUCUGUGCACUCCAUUUAAAAA